CAGCUCCCUCAGUGGACGCUCAAAGCCUCAAAGCAGAGAGAGAGAGAGAGAGAGAGAGAGUGCAGAGAGAGAGAGAGAGCAGCUCCAUAUACUCAAGCUACAAGCGGAUCCAUCCAUCCCAGUCCCAGUCCCAGUCCCAGUGAGGGGGCAUAUAUAUACAGCCAUCAGGCCGCUGCCGCUGCAGAGUGCCGAGUGGAGCGGGGUGUGGGGAUCCAUAUUCGAAAGUAGCAAGAAGAGGAGAGGCUGACCCAGCUGGUGGAAGAGAAGGGAGGAGGGGGAGAAGAUGCUGGCCUGCAUCGCGUGCGUCAACAAGGAAGAAGGCGGCGGCGGCCGGGAGAGGGAGCGGGACGGCGCCGGCGGCGACAGGGACACGCCGACAUGCAGGGACCCCGUCAAGUCGCUCACCUCCCAGCUCAAGGACAUGGUGCUGAAGCUGUCGGGAGGCACGCAGAGGCAGGGGGUGCCGAAGCGGGGCGGCUCGCCGCCGCCGAGGGGCCGGACGACGUCCCUGUACCGGAGCGGCUACUACCGGCCGGGCGUGGUGCAGGACGACAUGGCGGUGCCCCCGGCCACGUACCUGGGCCACGGCGCCGGGGGCGGGGGCGGCACGGCGGCGUCGAGCGCGAGCUCCACGCCGGCGUGGGAGCGGCCGCCCAACGGGGGCGGAGGCCCGGGCGGCGAGGCGGCGGUGCGGGAGUGGGUGGCGCAGGUGGAGCCCGGGGUGCAGAUCACGUUCGUGUCGCUGGCGGGCGGCGCCGGCAACGACCUGAAGCGCAUCCGGUUCAGCCGGGAGAUGUACGACAAGUGGCAGGCGCAGCGGUGGUGGGGCGACAACAACGAGCGCAUCAUGGAGCUCUACAACGUCCGCCGCUUCAGCCGCCAGGUGCUCCCCGACGCGCCCCGGGACGACGACGGCGAGCAGAGGGAGUCGUUCUACUCGCAGUCGCAGGUGGGCUCCACGAUGGGGAGCCCGGCGGCGACGCCGUCGCCGGCGCCGGAGAGCAUCGCCUGGGGCGCGGCCUUCGCCCGCCCGCAGCCUUCCGCAGCGGCCGCCGGCCCAGGCGGCGCCGGCGCGGCGCGGCAGCACAGCUUCCGCGGCCCGCUGUCCCCGCCGCCGCCGUCGUCGUCCAACCCGUCGGAGCGCGCCUGGCAGCAGCAGCAGCCACACCCGCAGCGCCAGAACGAGCCCGACCUCCCGGAGCCGGCGAGGACGACCACCUCGUCCCUGCCGGACGACGUGUCCAUCAGCAACGCCAGCGAGCUGGAGGUGACGGAGUGGGUGAUCCAGGACGAGCCCGGCGUGUACAUCACCGUCCGCGAGCUCGCCGACGGCGCCCGCGAGCUCCGGCGCGUCCGCUUCAGCCGUGAGAAGUUUGCGGAGCUGAACGCCAAGCUGUGGUGGGAGGAGAACAAGGAGAGGAUACACGCGCAGUACCUCUGAAUCUUCUCCAUUGGUAUCCCCUCUGAGCAUUUUGUCAAGUAACAUUCUGGACACAGCAAAUCAGUGGAAGUAGAAAUGCAGCGUACACGUCCAAUGAGUACUAGACGAAACAACAGAAUCAAAUAAGAAAUUACUCGUGAAGGGCGGAUCAGCUGUUGUUUGUGUCUUUUCCGCUUGAUAUGGGCAUGAACUUUCUCUUCGAUAAAUGCAUAUGCAGUCAAAAAAGGCAUGAACUGCUGUGUGGUUUAUCUAUGUUUCAACAAGGCACCAAAACUUGUACAUAAGAAAUAGGCUGAAGGAAUACAUGACAUGGCAUUAUGCUGAGAGGAGGACAUAGCUAAAAAAACGUGGGUGUUCAUCCUGUACAGUAAGUCAGUAACUAAGGUCAGCAGCCCUAUGAUGAUCUUGGUGCAGUACUCAACUACUCAUCUUACAGGGCACUGUUACCAUGAGCAAACAGCAGGAUGCCCGUGAGUAUCUGACAACCAUAUAGGUCUAGAAACGGGCCAGACAAGAUUCUUUGUUGGAUGCAGAUGCAAGGGCGCCCCCACAAAAACAGUGCCUGUAUCCUAAUUGAUCCAAGGGGCUGCUUUCAAAGUGGUUAUUUGUCUGUUCUAUUGUGGGUACGGCAUGCAUGGCACUUUGCUCGUGGAGAUUCAGGGAAAAUGUGUAUGCAGACCUACCACAGCAGAGUGCAUCAACCAAACAAAACUGAUAAGUUGAGAUAUCAUGGAGCAUGGGGAAAAUCUGCAAUUGGUUGAGUUGUUUCCACAAAUGUUGUCUCUGUCCUCCUAGUCUUAUAGCCCACCAUGUACUCUAUACAAAGCAAAGCCAAAUUAGAGUGUCCCCUCAUAGCUCCUAUUCUUUGGAUACCUCGAGAUACCGCUGGUAUGUGUCCACUUGAUCUCCCCAUGUCAACACAUUCUUUUAACCUUCGGUUCACCAAGCAUCACUAGUUCUUGUAGAUCACGUUUGAGCUACGGCAUCGCAACUCGUUUGGACAAAUUCACAAUAUGGUUGAUAGCCUUAAUGGCAGCUUUGCAGGCUAUGUACUAUAGAAAGGGCAACCAAAAGGACAGUGUGGAUUCAAAACAAGAGUUUUCGAUGCUUUAAUUCAAAUCGUUGUCAAACUAUUUCAAAACAGUCUUCUUCCAAUUGUUUCGAAACAAAGCGUAAACUGCUAUCCUUGACACAACAAAUCAGUGGAAGUAGAAAUGCUGCGCGCAUAUCCAGUGUGCACCCAAUGAAACAACAGAAUCAAAUAAGCAUAUGCAGUCAUAGAAGGCAUGCACUGAUGUUUGGCAGUAGUUUAUCCACAUGCUCAACAAGGCACCCCAAACCCAGACUUGUACAUAGAAUUUAGUCUGAGGUAAUACAUGAUUAUAGCAAGAAGAGACAGAGCUAAAAACUAUGGCCAGCAGCCUAUGAUGAUCUUGGUGCAGUACUGGACUAGUCAUCUUACAGGUCACUGUUACCAUGGCCAGCACCAGGAAGUCUGUGACCAUAGAUAGGUCUAGAAAUGGGCCAGAUGAGAUUGUGUGUUGGAUGCAGAUGCAAGGGUGCCCCCACCCCACAGAAACAGUGCCGGCAUCCUAAUUGAUCCAAGGGGCUGCUGUCAAAGUGGUCAUUUGUCUGUUGUAUUGUGUGGGUACGACAUGCAGGGCACUUUGCUCAUGGAGAUUCAGGGGUAUCACUAUCACUAUCACUAUCACUAUCACUCCUGGAAAAAUGUGUAUGCAGACCUACCAGUGCAGGAUAAUGUUUUUAGCAUGGAGCAUCAGCCAAACAGAACUGAUAGGAGCACGGGCAAAAUCUGCAAUUAAGCGAGGUGUUUCUACUACAAAUUUCUACCAGGAUAAUGUAGGAGGAGUGGUCUUCAGAAUGAUUUUAUGAUGUUUAAAAGCAGAACCGGAUUCGAUGGAGUGUCCAUCGGUUGACAUUAAUAAUUUUGCGUUCUUCAGAGUCUAAUUCAGUAGUAAUAGUAGGAGACACGCACUUCCAUGGUGGAAUCAUGGCAGAAGAGAGGUCAAUGGGGGAAAAAGGG